AUGUCGCAAUAUGUGGAAAGUACCUGGAAAGCACAGGGAGAAGAAUGGGAAAUAUCUCAUGCAUAAGGAAAAGCCUCUAACAGUGUGUGUGGGUAGACUAUAUACAUAAACGUAGACAUCAAGAUACAUCACUCUGAGAUCACAGAAUGACAGCAGCAUGAAAUGUUAUGGCAAAGAGAGCACAAGAAGAUACAAGAAUCUCACAAAUGCUCAAAAAUCAGGUGCUUGGCACACUGAACUUACUGAUCUGUGCAGGAUUUGUGCUGUGGUCCACUUAUUGAAGAUGUGAAGCAACGUCGAGUCUGAGGUUGGAAUUACUGACAGACUGGAGGAGAUUUUAGUCCUUGUGAUGCACAUGGACAUGCUGAAUUAUAAGUAAUUCUAGCUUCUUCUCCCCUCCCUCCCUUCCCCUCACUCAGCUAUCUCAGGGUUCAUAGAGAUUUCAAUGGUUUGCGUGCCUGUAAGUUUGGAACAGAAGUGACCAAAAAUGGGGGACCAGCAAUUGUAUAAAACUAACCAUACUGCCAACAACAAUGAGAACUUGUACUACGAACAACACCAAAUGAACUCCCUUCCAUCUCUAAAUCAUAGCUAUGGGACGUCUGUUAUGGAUGCUCCCCAGGCAUCCCCCCUUUCCCCUCAGUUUCCCCAAGAUUCACGGGACAGUAUAGCUUUGCCUGUAGGUUCAAAAAGCCUUGGUUCAAUGCAUACGUCUAGACAAACCAGCUGGACACAUUCUGGCUCAGGAAACCAUGUCCCAACAAGGAACAAUUUGAAUAAUCAAAGCGCAGUCUGGAGCCCCCUUGGGCAGGGGGACUCCCAUGAUGGAUACCAAUAUUCUUACUCUCAACCCAGUGAAAAUCGAUCGCAAAAAAUUACCAGUGGGGUCCUGCAUAAAUUGGACUCCUUUACGCAAGUAUUUGCUAACCAAAAUCUUAGAAUUCAAGUCAACAACAUGGCUCAGGUUUUGCACACCGAGUCUUCGAUGGUGGAUAAUUCUGGUGACAGUGCACUCAGGCAGCUGCUGUCCCAGAAGCCAGCGGUUGAGCAGCAGCCUGUAACUUCCACUGUACAAAGAUAUCAACCAGUGCCACAGCAAACACAACAGAAUUUUGCAAGCACACAGCAAAAGCAACAAAUGCAAGUCAUGCAGCACCAACAGUUGUACUACGACUACCAGCAGCACUUAUCACAAAUGCAGAUGCAUUCUGCAUUUCAGCAGGGACAGACGCACAUUCCACAAAUGCAGUCCCAGCAGCUCUUACCACAGCAGAUGCAGCACUUGCAGCAGCCUCAGUACUACGCUCAGCCACAGCAGGGACACCAGCGGCUCUCGAUCCAGGAGAUCCAGCAGCAGCAGCCAGCUCGGCAGCAGCGGCAGUGUCCAGUGCAAAUCGCUCAGUAUUACCAAACACAGCCUGUCAUGCAGCAGUUACAGCAACAGCAGCAGCAGCUGCAAUUGCCACUUCCGUAUCACAGAGAACCUGAUCCAAAGACUAUGCAUGAACCACACCAGUACUCUCAGGAUCCCAGUCAUCCUGUGCAGCUUAUCCAGUUGGGAGCAGUGCCUCAGUAUUGCUUCCAAGAUCCCCAUGAACAGUACAGGCACUUGUACCCUCAGAGUUUACUGCAGCAGCAGCAGCAGCAAGAUCAGCAGAAGCAAUUCCAGAGCAAGAGCAGAGUGCCACCUCUGAACUCCCAUGUUGGCCUCACUCCACCAGAGACCACGGAGGAUCCUGCACGGCAGGAGGUAAAUUCUGUAGGUAAUGCCAUCCCUCAUCGAACACUUUUGCCACCCUUGGGAGUUCAUCUGAACAACAAAAGCUCUCAACAAGACUCUCCCAGCACCACAUGGCCUCAGCAGGUGCAACUGUCAGAAGGCAGACUGCAGCAGCUGUCCCCAGAACAAAGUGGCCAGAACAGAGAAACACUUCCUGAGAGAGCUGAUGUGAAGAACAAGCUAAUGUGUUCAAUAUGCUUGAAGGAGUUUAAGAGUUUGCCUGCUCUAAAUGGUCACAUGAGGUCACACGGAGGAGUAAGAGCAUCUCCUAACUUCAAACAGGAUGAAGGAGAGAAACCACCACAGCAGCCGCUGCCUAAAGAGGUGGAUAGCCUCGCGCCCAUCGUCAUGCCAGUGUCUGUCCCUGUAAAGCUUCUGUCACCUGAGCCCAGCACGCAGCCCUCUGCCAGCGCUGCCACAGUCACAGACAAGCCUGCCAACUCUGUGUCAGAUGACGAGAUGCCCGUUCUCGUGAAGAUGACUUACUCUCCACCAUGCAGUCCAAAAGUGGCCAACCCCUGCUCAUCCUCUGAAACUAGCAAAAAACCUCAUCCAAGUGCUGUAAAAUUGGAAGAAAACUUCAAACCAUUACAGGAUAAGAAGAAGUAUCGGCACAGACCGGAACCUCUCUUCAUACCUCCUCCUUCUUUCAACCUCAGCAUGUCCCACUCCGGUGCCACUCUGUACCAGAGUCAGCUUCGCUCUCCCCGUGUUCUGGGAGAUCAUCUGCUAGACCGGACACAUGAGCUCCCCCCCUACACUCCGCCACCGAUGCUUAGUCCAGUUCGGCAAGGGUCUGGUCUCUUCAGCAGUGUUAUCACUUCAACUCAUAGCACCUCACAUACUCAGCUGCCACUUACUCCCCUGACACCUACUCCACGGGUGCUCCUGUGUCGGUCUAAUAGUAUUGAUGGAAGUGUCAUUCCAGUGACGCCUGGGCCUGGAGAACAGACUGUUGAACCGCGAAUCAAUAUCGGGUCCAGGUUCCAGGCUGAUAUUCCUGAGCUGCAGGACAGAUUGCUUAUGGAGAAAGACGUGCACAAGGCUACUUUGGUUUGGAAACCAUGGCCAGAACUGGAGAACAAAGUCUUCCAACAAAGAGUGGAAGACCUUUUAAAUAUGAGCUGUUCCAGUGUGUUACCUGGUGGAGGAACUAACUCAGAAUACGCUUUGCACUCUCUCUUUGAAGCGAAAGGAGAUAUUAUGGUUGCUCUUGAAAAGCUGCUGUUGCGAAAGCCAGUGAGAUUGAAGUGUCAUCCUUUGGCAAAUUACCACUACGCCGGUUCUGACAAAUGGACGCAUCAAGAAAGGAGGCUGUUCAAAGAGGCAUUGUCCACCUACAGCAAAGAUUUCAUAUAUGUACAGAAAAUGGUUAAGUCUAAGACAGUUGCACAAUGUGUGGAAUACUACUAUACCUGGAAGAAAAUCUUGCGUUUGGGACGGAAACACAGAACACGUUUAGAGAAAAAAAGAGAUGAAUGCCUGACAAGUGGAGAAGAGGAAGUGUUAGAGGAAGAUGAGGAGAUGGAAGAAGACAGAAAGGAAGAAAGGGAAAUGCAAAAGUCUCCUGACCCACCCGCAAUCCCUCUUGUUGGACCCAUAGAUCUGCCUGCUCUUCAGGGUCUUCCACUUUCUUCGUCCUCCUUCAUCUGUAAAAUGCCAAACUGUGGCGCUGUGUUCAGUUCCCGACAAGCCCUAAAUGGCCACGCUCGCAUUCAUGGAGGUACGAAUCAGGUGACAAAAACACAAUGCACCAUUCCAGGCACUAAGCAGAAAUCUGGUACGCAGAGCGGAUACUGCUCCAUCAAGAGUUCACCUGCCCACAGCACAACAAGUGGUGAGACCGACCCAACAACAAUUUUUCCUUGCAAGGAGUGUGGCAAGGUAUUUUUCAAAAUCAAAAGCCGCAAUGCUCAUAUGAAGACUCACAGACAACAAGAAGAACAGCAAAGGCAGAAGGCUCAGAAAGCUGCUGUGGCAGCAGAAAUGGCAGCCACUAUUGCAAGAACUACUGGGCCAGCUGGGCAUAGUUUGAUCCCCCUGGAUCACAUGGGUUUGGUUAAACAUGUUGAAAAUGUUGGUGACAUUGAUGACGAUGUUGUUCCGGAUCUGGGUGAUGUCAUGGAAGAGAACGAAGUCAUGGAUGCUGACCUUUUAUUGGAUGAUGAAGAUCCAGAUCUACUGCAGGAUGAUGCUGAGUUGUAAAUAAAGUUGUUUGAUAGACAGCUACUGAGCACACCCUGAAUGGAUCAAUCAGGAAACCUGGACUGCUUGUUUAUUCCCCACUGAUUGUAAACUACCUGUUGAAAAUGAUAAUUGUUUUAUCCAGGUCUAGAAAAAAAAAAAAAAUCUGCUUUUUUCCCUUUUUUUUUAAUAAAUUGUGUUUUGGGGGAAGAAAUAAAUAAUUGGUACAAAUAUUCUUAUAAGGUGUUUUUAUCUGAGCUCUUCUUGCUGGUAACUUCCAAGGCCACUAAUUACAGAAGUUUGUGGUUCUGCUGUCAGUUCCCUCCAGAUGGUCCCAGUAGAAUCUUUAGUCUUUAACUCUUCCAAGUUUCAUUUUACCCCAAUUGCAAGAAUAAACUUCACACACUUCUGAUGAAACAUUUUUUUUUUGCCUAUAUUGGAUCAUUUCCAGCAUCUUCUAGAGACUAAAUGUCAUCUCUCUUAAAGAUAUGAUUACAUUCUUUGUACUGUCAUUUUAAGGGAGAUGGAGGGGGAAAAAAUCUGAUUUAACUGUGAAAUAGUUACAGGAGUGACUGCAUCAUCUGUAAUUGCAGUACAUUUUCAGUUCUGUCUUGUUUACAGAGGACAUUUCAGACCUUCCAUUUUAGCAAGGUUUUGAUCUUCUGAUUUUAAAAUGACCUAAUUCAAGGACUGAAGAAAGAAAAUGAUUGUACUGUGGUUCACAUCAUCUGAUGGGAACACUGAAUCAGGAACACUGCCUUGGUAAUCAGAUUGCACUGAAAAUACUGUGCUGUGACAAUAAAUCACACUGUGGAAUAGCCAUCUCGGUGGUUUUAGGGGAGUCUGUGCUUGAGCAGUGCAGGAUUCUUGCCCAUGGAACAGAGACUGAUGGAGUAUAUGCCUUCAGCACGUAUUUAGUUAUUACUUCCAGGUAUAACAUGUUAAUCUUGUGCCAUUUUCAAUCCUCAUUACAACAAAUUCAAAUAUUGUUUAUUCAGUAAAACAUACUGCAAAGGUGAGUUGAUGUUGCUGUUUAAUUACCAUUUCUCCUCCCUUAGGUUCAGAUCUACCUGGUGGAUGCCUUGACAACGUUUAUAUAAAUUUAAAUUUAGUUCUCUGAGUAAACAGGAUAUCAAAAGAAUCGUACCUUGCAGAAUAAAAGAAUUGAGGAAGAAUUGGAGUUAGGUUGAGUGGACCUUUAAUAACAGAGUAUGAAUGCUGGUUGUAGAGCUUUCACAGGUAGCAGCACUGAUUUUCUUGUGAAUUUUGCACAGUAGAGGAGUAUUGCUAACUUUAUAAAAUAUUUUAUAAGACUGAUUUCAGAUCUUCCAGGUUUUAGCAUUGUUUGGGGUUUUUUUAUGGGUUGGGUUUUGUUUUAUUGGGUUUUUUUUGCCACAUUCCUAAUACCUUUAGCAGAAUCUGAGAGAUGGUAGGUCUUAUUUUCUACUGUCUUUCUUCCUUGUUUAACUAUGCAAAAUGAGAGCAAAUUAUGGCACUUUUAUAGGAGUACUGGAUCACACAAGUUCAAGAACAGUGGGACCCACUGACAGAGAGAGGUACCUUGUCUGUCAGAGCCAAAUAUGUGAAGCCAAACGACCUCAAGUUUCUGCUUAAGGUCAAAUGCUCUGAUGCUAAAGAACAACUCUUUAGGAGAAUGAUAAUAACUUCUCAGUUUCUCGUUAAUGAAGUUCCUAUGUAAAUGGGUUUUUUAGUGUUUUGGGGGUUGUUCCAGAGGUUCUUUGAGUUGGUUUUGACCAGUGGGUGAAAUAUCACUCCCUCUACCACAUAAGGGAUGACAUUCUCAGUUACCGUAUCCUUGAGUUUCAGGAAAUCAGGCAGCUUUUCUUUCUUCCUUGAACUGUCAGUCAGACACUCCCCAGCAGUUCUGUGCUGUGACGUGUUACUUUUACAGGGGCCAUAUGCAACCCAGGCUCAGUGCACUGGGUGCUCAGCUCUGUACCACCAGCUAGAUCCACUGACAAGAAAUCUCAUAGGUUGUAAAGUCUUCAUGGUUUGCAAAGUGGAGAGUUUUGUGAGCAGUAGUAACGUGUUGGCUCUUAGGAGCCUGUGUUAGAAACAGCCCAGCAGAAUCUCUUCUCCCUCUCCCAAAAUUGUAUCAUUUUGAAGUUCUAAGGAUCUUUCUGAGAAAGGCUGCUACACUGGAAAAUGGAUGUGUUUUCAGAUUCUCUUGUUAAUGGUGGGGAAAAAACUGCGUGUUUAAGCAAAAUUAUAUUUGAAGUCAGAAUUCUGAUUGAAGAACAGCGUGAAAUACAGUAGAAACUUAUGGGCUUGAUUCUGAAGAACAGCUCUUUAUUGAAGUAUCUACAGUGGAACAAUUGGACAGGAUCUGUGCUAAACUUAUCUAUAAAUAUAUAUAUACACACACAUAUAUAUGCCUGGUUCUGUAACAUUAAUCAGAUGCUGUACAGCCAAAAAGAUAUCAGAACAAUGAUAACCAAAGAAGUUAUUCAUAAAGGGAAAAAAAAAGAAAUGUACAUUUCCUAAGCAGUACAUGGUUUAGGCCUCAAACAUUGACUUCAUCAUUAUUAAGUGUUGCAUUGGCUGUUGUUAAACAGAUGCUGUUCUGCCUAUUUGUACAAGUUGGACAUAGUUUUAUUUCAGAAAACUUGUUUUCUUGCUGAUGGUUGAUGAUGGAAGACUGUUCAAUAUUGGACCUAGUCCUCUUUGAUAAAACCUGUACAUACAGAAAGCAUAUUUUAUGAGAAAAAUCUUAUUUUCAAUAUUUAACUGUUAUUUUAUUAGAAGAUGGUUGUGUAAAUAUUUUAGGUGCUUUAGUGUAAAAAGCCAACUGUAAUUUUAGGUGGCAGAGGAAGUAACAAAAUAAAAAAAAUAUACAUUUGAUAUAA